ACUUCAAGAACAUAAAAACAAGCCCCAAAACACAUCAUGAAAAAUACCAUGAAAUACAAGUCGAAAAAAUUGGGGGGGGAGCAGAUCAACAUUCGAUGUGCAGCUGAAGCUAGCAUUCAAGUUUCAACCCUGCUGCGUAGGCGUGUGCCAUGUGUUGUUGGUGCUGUUGCCUGGACUGCAUCCAUAACAUACCUCCACUCAAUCUCCUCUUCCUCCAUUUCUCCCCUUCUCUCCAUUCCUCCUCAGCUGCUGCAGGAGGAGGAGAAGCAGCUGCUGUUGCUCCCAUGGCUUCCAUCUCUGUCCCUAGUCCAGCUCCUUCUCCAGCUGAAGAUGCAGAGAGCAUAAGAAAGGCUGUGCAAGGAUGGGGAACGGACGAGACGGCGCUGAUCGAGAUACUCGGCCACCGGACGGCGGCGCAGCGGGUGGAGAUCGCCGUCGCCUACGAAGGCCUCUACGGCGAGACCCUCCUCGACAGGCUCCACUCCGAGCUCUCCGGCGACUUCCGUAGCGCGAUGAUGCUGUGGACGAUGGACCCGGCGGCGCGGGACGCCAAGCUGGCCAACAAGGCCCUGAAGAAGAAGGGCGACCUCCGCCACAUCUGGGUGCUCGUCGAGGUCGCCUGCGCGUCGUCGCCGGACCACCUCGUCGCCGUCAGGAAGGCCUACCGCGCCGCCUACGACUCGUCGCUCGAGGAGGACGUGGCCUCCUCGUCCCUGUUCAGGGACCCGCUCCGGCACUUCCUGGCCCGGCUCGUCAGCUCCUACCGGUACGCCGGCGCCGGCGAGCACGGCGGCGUCGACGGCGAACUGGCGACCGCCGAGGCCGCGGAGCUGCGCGCCGCCGUGGCGGGCAAGGAGGGGCAGCUGCUGCACGGCGACGUCGCCCGCAUCGUCGGCUCGAGGAGCAAGCUGCAGCUCGCGGCGACGCUCGAGCGCUACAGGCAGGAGCACGGCGAGGCCAUCGAGGAGGCCCUCGACGCCCGCCGCGGCGACCAGCUCGCCGCCGCCGUGCUCAAGGCCGCGCUCUGGUGCCUGACAUCGCCGGAGAAGCAUUUCGCAGAGGUGAUCCGGACAUCGAUUCUUGGGCUGGGCACCGACGAGGAGAUGCUGACGAGAGGGGUGGUGUCGCGGGCGGAGGUGGACAUGGAGAAGGUGAAGGAGGAGUACAAGGCGAGGUACAACGCGACGGUCACCGCCGACGUCCGCGGCGACACGUCGGGAUACUACAUGAACAUUCUUCUCACCCUCGUCGGGCCUGAGAAGUAGCAGCAGCCAUUGGAUUGGAUGUUUGUGUACGCUCAUUUCAUUUGAUUUCGGACAGAAAAAAACAUACGCCGUGUGAUGAUUGUUUUCGUUGGGUUUGAGACAAA